AUGGCGUGCUCUGUGGGUGCAAAGUAUCGUGAGGUGCCGCUGUUGCAGCAAAGUUUGCUAAGAAGCAAGCGAAAGAGCCUCAAUGUAGCGUCCGGCGGUUACCAUACCAUGCUGGUUGAUUCGAAAACGUCCGAGAUCUCCGGAGGCUUCAGUUUUUCCACCACCCAGGGACGCCAAAAGCCAACCCCGUUCAUAUACUGGCGUACGCUGAGGGAAACCAUUUUUCUGACCGAAAUAUGCCUGCACCGGAACGACGUGUGUCACGAGGUGAAGAUAACGUUCGAGGGCAGCCCAAUCCUCGCAGUAGCGAUCGACAGACACACGCCGUCGACGGCUUUUCUGCUGAUCACCACCACGACCAGCUUCCACCGGGUGCCGAUCGAACGGCCAGCCCAUGCCGACCAUCAGAUGCACAUCGAACAUGAUUCCGUUUUGCUCAAGCUAAGCGAAGCGGUGUUUACUGACCCUCCGAAUUGCUACACCUUCAUCAACGACGUAGGGCAAUCGUUUCCGGUAACUGCGGCGGCGAUGCACUGUCCCGAGUUUGGCUGCAGUAAGUUUGCCGUCGCUACGGUAAACUCGCUCUACCUCUUCACCAUGCAGCUCGGCGGUGGCGGUGGUGACGUCAAGGGGGACGUCAAGUUGGUGGAACUCGAGCACAACCCACUGUCCAUUUCCAAGUUCAUCAACACCAUCGCCGAUUCGUGGCGCCGAAAGUCGCACACCAGCCAGGUGGUAACGAUGUGCUUCGGUACGGCCACGCUCACCGAUGGACGACCGCUUCUGUACACACUGCACCGCGACGGGGCACUGCGCGUGUGGUCGUCCUGUGGACGGUUUCUGGCCGCCGAGUAUCUUUCCAAGUACACCCAGGGCAGCGAAACGGAGUUUCACAGCUGUGUGUUGCGUGGCUCCAAAUCGCUGGUGGCGCUGUACUUUUCGUUUCAAACGUUUUCGGAAUUCAUCAUCCUUCUACCGGCGCUCACGAUCGAGGCAAACGGCGGCGCGAUCUCCUCGUUUGCACUGCAAAGCGCGGGCACGAUUAUGGCGCCCAACUACGAUCUGAUCGACUUUAAGUUGACCGACCAAUGGCUCUGGUCGUUGUGGUGUAACGCCGAAGGUGAGAUGCAAACGAUGGCCUACGCACUGUCGGCGAACGACGAGUGGAGCCCGAUGCCUGAUGCCAACGUUUGGGUGCCGGUCGUGCUCGAGAAUGCUGCCGACAGCGAACCACCGCUGGUGGAAGCUGGUACCGACCUGCGGGAUGUCUACUGCAAUCGCAUUUUUCACUCGGGCCUCUUCCCGGACAAAGUGAUCAGGAAAACGUUGAAGAUGUUCAACCGCAAUCUUGCCGGCGUGGCCGGAAGUGGCGGCAGUGGGAGCAUAGUGCGUUUGAAGCGGUACGUUCUCGCCUGUAUCGAAAGUCAACUGCAGCAGGAACGGAUCACCAUCCGGCAAAGCAGUCCCAUGGACGACGAUCAGCUGCUCGAGCUGUCGAAUGGAUUGUGGGAAAAGUUUUACCUCUACUGCACCCAGUACAGCUACGAGUCGUCCCGGCCGGUCGGAUUAUUUCUGCUGGAAGAACCAGCCAUAGUGGCGGGAAUGGCAUCGCCGCCGAGUAUCACCGCCGGCAUGGUGCGUAAGAAGUACGUCAGCUUCUUUCGACCCUGCGAUCGGCUCGAAGUGGCAUUCUACACACCACAAACUGUGCAAACCGUAGAGCAACUGGCCGGAGGGGGUGAUCACAUCACGGGAGAAGUGGUGCUGCUGAUAAACUUUCUGCGCGAAAUGGACCAAGCGCUUACCACCGACCAAAAGCAAGAGUUUGAUGGGUACGUACACCAACGCCGGGGAAACGAGACCGGUGGGGACGACCUGUCACCUAUCGGUGCGGCACAAAAUCAGCACCUAAUCCACAACAUGAUGCCAGCAUUUCUGCAGCGGCUCGAAGAUCUACCGGAAGCGAUCGGACACCUUCUACGCUACCUCAAGCCGGCCGAUCGGGGUGAUGAUAUGGGCGCGUGGCUUUCGAGAACAACGGAGGCCGAUUACCUAUCCAUCUGCACCGGCGACGGGCUUGCCGGGGAGCUGGCACUGGCGACGGCGAAGCAAACGAUACAGCUGCGCUACCUACUGUUGCGCAACCUACUGCUCCUGGAGCAUGUCGUCCAGCAUCACGCCAAACUGCAGUACGACGUACUCGAUGCAAUCCAAUCUACGUACCGCCCAGACACGGAAAUGAUGCUCCGGUGCUACCACGUCAUGAACUGGAUCGCUCAGACUCGCAUCGAUCUCGAUUGGACGAAAACCACCAAAAUUGCGGCCUCUUUCCCGCUCAACCUUCGCACGUCCAUGACGCUGCUCCAAGCGUACGCUACGUCCCGGCUGAACGAUGAAUCGUUAUGGUCGGGUAAGAAGUCUUCAACCACGACGUCUAACGACAGCAGUGACUCGGGCACGCUGUCCUUCCUGCACAAAUCAAACGUUAUCCUGAGCUACAUAUGCCCUUCGAGCGAUGACUUCUUGUUCGGUGAAUGGUUGUCCGACAACGAUCUGCAUGCGCACAUCGACGAGUACGUGCGCUUAUUGCGCAAUUGGUGUGAAUGGAACUGCUGUUCAAGAAAUUUCAUCCAAGCAAAGUCGUAUCUGAUGCUCGGUGACACUGCCAAGUCCCUCGAUCUGUUCCCUCUGUCGCUGAAGGGCAUACAAGUGGAACGUUUUCUACAAAAGUUUCUCCGGCAAAACGACAAAAAUCGCACCAUAUCGCCGUACGAAGUGCUGGGCGCCUUCUACCUGCGACUCAUUCGUCUGUUCGAGUGCUACGGCGCUUACGACGGUGUCCUGACGCUGGUCCAUUCGGCCAUCGAUAGCACAAUUCAGCAGCAGCAACAGGCGAUGUUUCAGAGCAUCGAGUUUAGCAGCCACAUCGAGCUGGGCCACUACGAGGAAGCGUACAAUGCGCUGACGAAAAACUGCGAACCGGCCCGGAAGAAGGACUGUUUGCGGCAGCUGAUUUGCUUGCUGUUUUCGGUGCGACGCCUGGACAUCCUCAUGGAACUGCCGUACUAUGGGCUGGAGGAGGAAUUUAGCGCCAUCGUCGCGAUGAAUGCUCGCUCGUCCGAUAUCGCUGACGGUGUGCAGUAUGAUUUUCUCUACUCAUUUUUCACCAACAAACUGAACUUGCGGAAAGCUGCCAUUACCACGUACGAGGAGGCGACGCGCAACUACAUCGAAUGUAACAGCUACGAUCACCUGAACCGGUUCUAUCGUUCGCUGUUGAAGUGUCUCAACUCACUGGCCAUCAUAAAACCAUUGUACGCGUGGAUUUUACGUCCCGUGUUGGAAAACAACCCGCUACAGGCGGUGACGUCGAGCAAGGACGAGGACCGGAUUGAAAUAGUCAACCUCAAGGAUCUCGAUGAGCAGCUGAUGACCACUUACUGUGCGUUGCAGCUUUCGCAGUGCGUCGAUGGCUUCAAGUUGGUCACUUCGUUGGAGCCAACAGAACUGAUCGCGCUGCUACUAAGUCGCAAGAUGUAUAACCUGGCGCUGAAGCUAGCGCAUCGAAGAGCCCCGUCGAUGGUGUCUACCGUUUAUGAGCAUCUAUGCAACGCGUGUCUUUCGGUUAGCCGCAGCGCCACCGCUGAUCCCGUGACGAGCAACAGCAUCCUCACGUGGCUCAACGAAAACUGUAUUUCUGACGUAACCGUUGGUGCGGACAGUGUAUCGACGGCGUGGAAUUAUUUGCGGCACAUGUUGGGGCAAGAGCAGGACGACCAAGCUACCAAUGCCCACCUGGCCGUACUGAACCGCGUCCUGUUGCGUGGGGCCCACGUUCCGAACUGGCUGAAGGAGUGGUGCUUCGAAAACGCUCCAUCAAAGCUGAUUCGCUCAUACCUGUGCCACGGCCGUCUAGAAGAGGCGUACGAGCGGACCGUUGAGCUGUUUCAGGCACGAUUCUUUAGCACCGGUCGCUUUAGCCACCAGACACUUUUCCCUCUGACGGUCUGCGAACAUCUGUUUUACGAGCUGGAACAAUCGUCACACUAUCCGAAGGAAAAGGAUCACAUCGAGUACUAUCUGCGUUUGAUUGAGGUAGCUCUUUGAACUGCCUCAUACUUGCGACUCCGUUAAGGGGCAAUUCUAC